AUGGACAACACAUCAACAGAUUAAAAAGAAAAUCCAGACAUUUAUCAAGUUGAAUAAGAGUAAGAUUAAUAGUAAUAGUAAAUGGAAUAAAUUCAGAAGGAAAAAGAAAAAUGUUUAGAAUUAAAAAACAAGGCAGGGUUGUUAUUCAGUCAAUUAAAGUAUGAAGAGGCUGCUGAUAUCUACAAUGAAGCUAUCGAUUAUUGUCCUUUAGAAGACUUGAAUAUGUUGUCCAUCUUAAAUUCAAAUAUUGCCAUUUGUUUUAUGAAACAAUCUGAUUUUGAAAGCGCCUUAGAACAUUGCUCAAAAGCCCUUGAAUUCAACCCUGAAUUCGUGAAGGCCUUGAUGAAUAGAGCUGAAUGCUAUGAAAAAACAGAUAAAUUAGAAGAAGCUUUGGAAGAUUAUAAGAAAUUAAAAGAAUUAUCACCUAAUGACAAUUUUAUAAUUAAAAAAUACAUUGAUUUAGAUUAAAAAGUCUAGGAAUUACAAGAGAAAAGAAAGAAUGAGGCUUUGAAGGGAUUAAAGGAUUUAGGUAAUACACUAUUAAAUAAAUUUGGAUUGAGUUUGGAUAAUUUUAAAAUGCAAUAGAAUGAAAAUGGAUCGUAUAAUAUAUAAUUUUAAUAAUGA